CCUUUAUGCCAAAAUUGCUGGAUCCACCCUUGUAUUACAUGUAUAAAACAUUAAACAAUCCAUUAUAUCCAGAUUUUUGAAAUAAAUCCCAGUUUGAUAAGGAGUAAAAAUUGUGUAUAUUGAUUGGAAAAUUUUCACCAGCUACACUAUUUUUUUUUAAGGUUUCCUAUCUGAGGUCACUGGGGUUGCAUGCAGAUUACAUUCACAAGGAAUGUGAUAAGGAAUCCAUAAAAGCAGGCAAAACAACAUAUGUGUACACAUCCCCUGAGGCUGUACUAUCAGAUGACAUGUGGAGGAGCAUGCUCAUUGAAUCUUCAAGUUUCAAACUAUUUGUGGUAGAUGAAGCACACAUGGUUAUCAACUGGGGUGAAAGUUCUGGAAAAAGUGAGCCAUUUCGGGAAUGGUUUGGUAGACUUGGUGAAAUCAGGUCCCUGAUAGCAUGUCCAGCACUUGUCAUCACAGCAACGGCCAGCAGAGCAAGUAGGAGAAAGCUGAGAAAGAAGCUUACACUCGUGAACUUCCAUGAAAUUGUGGAUAGUCCUGACAGAGAAAACAUUAAACUUUUUGUUGAAAAGAUAAAGGUGAAUGAAAAAAUCAGUGUGACCUUUUCUUGGCUGAUUGACAUGGUCAUGGAUCAGGGUGGUGAAUGCCCACGACAUAUUAUCUUUUGUCCGAGCAUAAAAUUGUGUGCAGAUGUGUAUUUUGCUUUUAAAGUAAGCUUAAAUGAAUGUAUUAAUUAUAUUGAAAUGUUCCAUUCUUGUACAACUGAUCAGGUGAAAGAUGAAAUAAGAGAGGAUAUGGAAAAUAAAGAUGGACAUAUUAGGGUACUUAUUGCAACCAGUGCUGCAGGAAUGGGGGUGAACUACAAAAGUGUUAAUAAUAUUAUUCAUUAUGGACCACCCAAAGAUUUAGAUGGCUUCAUACAACAGUUAGGACGUGCUGGUAGGGAUGGCACUCAGUCUUAUGAAUUACUUAUUUACAGUAGUAGACAUUUACGUAAGUUAGAUAUUGACAUGUUAGAUUAUGCAAAAAAAAUACUGAAACAUGUCGCAGGAAAAAACUGUUAGAAUCUUACAAUUCUGUUCCAAGUGCUGAUUUAGUUAAACAUUUGUGCUGUGAUGUUUGCGAUAUGCAAUGUGACUGUCAUGAAGUAAAUGAAGUAAAUUGCGAGUCCUUUAGAACUAUGUAUCAUAUUUAUAAAUCUGAAUUAGACAUUGAAAGUUCAAGUGAAUCCAGCAUGUCCAGUGACAAUUAUAGUACAGAUACAUCAAAAACUAUAAGUGAAUCUGAAAGUGAUUAAGUAUAAAAUUAUGUUGAAAUACAUUUACAGUAUUUGUACGUAUUUCAUAGUACUACUCCAUACAUGUAAUAAUUGUAUACUAAUAGAUGCAUUAUACUAAGUGUGUUUAUACAAGUAUUUAGAGGAACUUCCAAAGUUGAUUUUUCAGCAAUUAAUAUACACUUGUUGUACAACUGAUUUAGUGCAAUUCUGAAUACAGUAAAACUUGUCUAAUCAGGAUAUCACUUAAUCCAUAGAAAUUGGCUAGAUUACAAAUUCUUUAUUGGAUAUUUAAAACAACUGAAAUAAAAAUUGACAAUGCACUAAAGGUGUUAUAGGCAUGUUUCCUAGUACACAAAAUCCGAAUUUGACAAGUUUUGCUGUAUACAAUGUAUAUAUGUUCAUUCUUAAAAUGUUUUACAUUGUCAAUGCAAAACAACUGAUGUAAACUAAUGUAAUAUUUAAUUGAGCAGAAGCAGUUUUCUGCCAAUAGACAUUCAAAUGUAAACUGUUUGCACUAUGACAAUUCUCUGAAAUAUUUUAUUAAGUUUAUGAGAACUCAUGAAAUAAAUGCUCUUAAGUUUGUAAAUUCUCAUGUAAAUGAUAUAAUGCAGAAUAUAAAUAAUUAUAUUUACAAAUAGUUUUCACUUCAUUAUUUUUAGCUCCCAUAUCUGUCAUUUUUAUUAUGUAUUUAUUAUUUAAACCCGUUAAAGAGGCUCAAAAUACCAAGAAUAAAUGACUUGGGCUUUUUGAAAAUUAUAUGUGAAUGUAUAUACAUGCACAUGCAUGAAGUUUAUCCAACUCAAUCUUAAAACAGUGUUAUUAGAAAUGCUACAGUCAAAUUUCGUUAUCUUGAACUAGAUGGGACUGUUUAAAUACUUUGAGAUAUCCGAGUAUUGAAGAUAUCGAGAGUAAAAUACUAAAAAAACUAGAGACGAGCUCGUUGCAAGCAACGAUUAGGUCUUGCGUCGUAGCUGCGUCAUACUUGUGACGUAAUACAAAAAGUUGAUAGCUGACCAUGGUACAAUAUUAGAUGUAUAAACACUUAGUAAAAGAAACAAAGUAUUAUACUACAUGUUUAUAAGCAUAUACAGAUCUUAACACAUUGUCUAUAGUUUGAUUCGCCGCAUUUUAUUCACAGAGUGGGACUGUGGUUAUGCCCGGUAUGAAGGUAAAAAGACCAUUGGCAAACAUUUUACACGCAUUUUUAUCAAACGCAAGCACCAAUGUCAAAUCUUUUAGUAUAUAUCCGUGG